AUGACUCUCGAAUUUGGCCAUGACAUGAGAUCACAGUUUCUUUUCGACACCAAAUGGCGAAAUUUGAAUCAUGGUAGUUACGGCACAUACUCUAUUCCUGUGAGGAAUGCCAAACGAGGAUAUACAAAGCUCACAGAAUCCUUUCCAGACAAGUUUUUGAGGUACCAGUACAUCAACCUGCUUGACAAUUCUCGAGAAAAGAUUGCACAGCUUGUCAACGCACCAGCAGAUGAAUGUGUCUUCGUGGAAAAUGCUACCACUGCUCUGAACACCGUUCUGCGAAACCUCGUCUACAAGGAGAAGGAUGUGAUCAUUUAUUUUGACACGAUAUAUGGUGCCAUCGAAAAGACACUUGCAUCCGUUGUUGAGACAAACCCGCAACUCACUGUUCGAAAAGUAGGCCAUGGACAGGAAUAUGCGUAUCAGCUUCCCAUGAGCCAUCCAGAAAUUGCCAGUGCAUUUUCACAGACGAUAUCACGGCUACUAUAUGAAGGUUACAACGUCAAGGCAGCUGUUUUCGACACAGUAGUUUCGAUACCUGGAGUCAGAUUCCCUUUUGAGCGCCUGGUCCGUAUGUGCAAAGAGUAUGGAAUUCUCAGUGUUGUGGACGGCGCGCACAGCGUUGGCAUGAUACCCUUGAAUUUAAGCCAGCUAGAUGCCGACUUCUUCACAAGCAAUUGUCAUAAGUGGCUGUAUACACCACGUGGAUGUGCAUUGCUUCACGUCCCGAAACGUAACCAGCAUCUCAUCAGGACAACAUUCCCUACAUCACAUGGUUACACACCACUCGAAUCAGCCAAUAUAAGAGAAGUCCUGCCGGAGAGCGAUAAAUCUGCAUUUAUCAGGUUGUUUCAGUUGGCUGCGUCAGGCGACCGGACCGCAUACUAUUGUGUACCUGCUGCAAUCAAUUUUCGACAUAACCUUUGCGGAGGAGAAGAUGCAAUAUACAACUACAUCCGCGAGAACGCUCAACGAGGUGCAGAUAUGAUUGCGAUGUUAUUAGGCACGGAAGUCAUGGACGAUGCAGAUCCAGGCAUCGGUCUGAAAGCAAUGGGAUCGUACGAGGGUAGUGCAGGCCAGGAACAGGUUUCACGAAGAUGGAUCGGAGGACUUCGCGACUGUGCUCUUGCGAACGUCGUGUUACCUAUCACAAUUCUCGGAGCUGAGCGUAAUGGUUCGGUCAGGCUUGGCCCAGGUGGUGCAGGAAGCGGUGGAGGACUUUCGCCGGGAAGGUCAUCCAAGCGACAAUCUUCACCAUCACUUGGAGCGGGCUAUUUCGCACCGCCCCAGUCAGCUAAUGGCAUCGAAGCUACGAUGAUUAAAAUGGACGAAGCCUCCAAGGUUGUGAAUUGGUUGCAGGAGACGCUAAUUAGCGAGUACAACACUUUUGUCGCUGUGUACGAAUAUCAUGGACAGUUGUAUGUCAGGAUCAGUGGGCAAAUCUACCUGGAGCUCAAAGAUUGGGAAUGGCUAGGCGGUGUCUUGAAAGCACUGUGUGAACGUGUGGGUGCAGGAGAAUUUCAAAGAGAGCACUCGAGCAGCAAGCCAGCAUUGUCGAGAGGCGUUAGUGAACUGGACCUUGAGAAGCUAGGUCGCGAAGUGUCGCACAUCAGCAUAUCAGGCAAUGAGUCCAGUAAGGUAGUCGACAUUACUGCCGGCGGUUGGCGGCGACCCAGUCAAGGCUGUUCGAAGCCGCAUAACGAGAGCUAG